AUGCCUCCUGCGAUUCCACAAACCAUGCACGCGUGGAGAAAGCACAAGGGCAACCCAAAGCCUGUCUGGGAGGUCGUCCCCGUACCACGAGCGCCCCCUACAGGGCUAUUAGUCAAGCUCUUAGCAGCGGGAGUCUGCCACAGUGACCAGGCUUUACUGGAUGUCGAGGAUCGUCCACAGUUUGAGGAGAAGUAUAUUCUAGGACACGAAGGAUGCGGCGAAAUCGUCGAAAUUGGACAUGAAGUCCAGGAUAAGUUGCUUCAACUGGGCGAACGUGUAGCUCUCCUUGCUGUCCCGGGAUGCGGCCAAGACAGCUGCGGCGAGUGCUCUCGGAAUUUGGAACAGCUCUGUCCAACGGGACAUCAUCAUGGAAUUGGCCAAGAUGGGUUCUAUGCGGAGUACGUGGCCGUUGAUGCGCGCGCUGCUAUUCCCGUACCGGACGCCGUGUCAUCCGAAGUCGCAGCCGUUGCAACCGAUGCUGUCACUACCGCAUACCACGGCAUCACUCGUCGAGCUGAAGUCAAGCAAUCCGAGACAGUGUUUCUGUUUGGCCUCGGUGGACUUGGAUUUAAUGCUUUGCAGAUUGUGAAGGCAAUAGGAGCGAGGGUGAUUGCAUCGGAUAUCCGAGCAGAGAAGUUAGAGGCCGCAGUGCAACUGGGGAUCCCACUCCACGAUAUUAUUCCUGCGGGGACAUCUAUACAGGAAUUCGUGAAGGACAAUGACCUGGGAGGCAGGAUUGAUACGGUAUUGGAUUUUGUCGGCUCGAAUCAAACAUUCAGGGACGCACAGGCUAUCGUUCGCCCCGGUGGAAAGAUCCUUUGUGUAGGAACGGGCGACCGCCAAAAUGAAGUCGACAUGAAAGUCGGGAUUAGGAAGCGUUUGAGCAUCAUUUUCUCCUACGGUGGGCAGUAUCGCGAUAUUGUUGAGGUUCUGAAUAUGAUUGCAACGGGGAUUAUUCAACCUCAGGUUGAGACAAGGGGACUCCGUGAUCUGCCGGCAGUGCUUGAGGAUUUGAGCUCGGGCAGGAUCCGGGGUCGAGUUGCCUUGGUGGGGCUGUGA